AUGGGAAAUGAUCCGCCGGCUGCAAAGGUGGAGGCCGACACCCUGCAAAUCCCUGGAUUUCGCGACGAUCUAGACUGUGCGGACUUCGCCAGUUACGCUGCGGGUGGCAGGCCGAUCGAGACACUCACAUCAACUACACAUCAAGUGACCGAGAGCAUGAUAAACUCCUUUACUCGCCGCAUCUUGAGAUUGCGCGAGGCGGUGCCUCCCCCACCAUCCUCAGCGCUGGACGGCAGCAUGCAGCCGGGUAGUUGUUGGCCCAUGGCAGGGCCUGCAGGACAUAUCGGGAUUCAACUUGCUGAUUCGGUCCUGGUCACCGAUGUCACCAUUGAUCUACCUUAUUCAGAGGCUCACGACGCCGAUGUCGCUCCCCGCUUCGUCCAGGUGUGGGCUGUCGUGCCGACCGAAGACGACGCUACGGGCGCUAGUCCCGGUGAAGAUCCAGCCCCUCUUCCGGAUAUCGCGCCGACUGAUUACCGGCUUCGAAGGCAAACGUUCCCUGUACGUCGGGAUAUUCCCAUGAAGGUGGACAAGGUAGUCUUCCAGGUGCUCGAUAAUUGGGGUUCGUCGGAGUACACCUGCCUUUACGGGUUGCGUGUGCACGGUGGGAGAGGAUAG